GAGGAAGAAGAAGAAGAGAAGCCUCCCCGCGGGCAUGUGCGAGCGUGCGCGCGUGUGCACGGGAGAGAGAUGCUUGGUGGCCACGUCCCCUUGGAGACUGCACACACACACACACACACACACACAACACGUGAUGAGCUUUAGUGCGCGGCUUUAGACGGACACACACACACACGGAGGAGGAGAGGCCGACGACUCCCAACACACAACAAGCUUUCUUCGACUCUUUCUCUCGACUUGUGCCUCCGGGAGGAAGAGGAGGAGGAGGAGGGAGGGAGGAAGGAGGGAGGGAGGGAGGAGGAGAAGCCGGAGUAAAGUUUGUCCAAGUUUGCACAUCCCUUCGGAAACGCCAUUUUGAUUCCUCUCCUCUUCGGAGCAACUUUGCAGCCUCUCUCUCUCUCUCUCUCUCUCCCCUUCAUCACCCCAUCCUCGUCAUCAUCAUCAUCCUCCUCGCCACGAUGUCUCGGCGUAAGCAGCCCAACCCCAACAAAGUCCGACUGUGAGCAGUGGUCGCAGGCACACACACCUCAAACCCCACCCCAACUCGCAAACCGCCCCACAGAGAGCGACGCGAGCGAGCACACGUUCUCGCUUUUCGAGAAGGACGCAGCAGCCAUGGAGGACGCCACAGAGGAGUUGCAGGAAGUGGAAGGAGCCAGCCCGAUGAUGAAUGGUGAGGAGGCGGACUUUAAAGAGGACACGCCUCAGAGUGGCACUACAGAUGAACCCGACGCAGCCACCAACGAGACGCUACAGAGUGGCGAUCAAGGUGGCGGCAGCGGGGGAGGAGACUUGUCCUCCAUCAACGCCAUGAUGUCAGCGGUAAUGACAGCAACGGGGUCCAUUAACGGUGAAGGAGAAGCAGGAAGUGACGCCACCUCUGGCCCCUCCCCAAGCCCCUCCCCUAACAAGGCCCAGAGAGCGCCACCCGGCCGCAACAUACGACGCAUCCAGCAGGACGUCAAAGAAGACCACUCGACUCACGUGUGUCCACUGUGCGACAAGAGCUGUCAGAGUCAGCAUCAGCUGACCAUGCACAUCAGACAGCACAACACCGACGUGGGGGCGACGGACCACUCGUGCAGCAUUUGCGGCAAAUGUCUGAGCUCGGCGUCGUCGUUGGACCGACACAUGCUGGUGCACAGUGGCGAGCGACCAUACAAGUGCAACGUCUGCGGACAGACCUUCACCACCAACGGGAACAUGCACAGACACAUGAAGAUCCAUGAGAAAGACCCGGCCAGCGGCCUGCUCCCAGUCAGUCCCCCCUCACCUACCAAGCGGCGGAGGCCAUCCAUGAAGAGGAGACAAGGCAUGGAGGACGAGAGUGGAGACGAGCCACCCUCCAAGAAGGUGAUGGAGGACUCCGCCUUUGAGGAGUCCCCAGUGGCGACGACUGCGGCAGCAACACCGGGUGCCCGGGGCGUGGACGAGGAGCUUCUCCCCUGUCCUAUCUGCUUCAAGACCUGCAGCAGCAGACUUGAGCUGGACACACACAUGGACACACACCCCGACACCACACUGAGGUGUGACUUCUGCUGCCUUUCUUUCCGAACCCACCGCGGAUUGUUGCGUCACAACGCAGGCGUCCACAAGAUCCUUCCCCAAGACCCCAACGGCCGCCCCUUCAUCCAAAACAAUCCCUCCAUCCCCAGCGGCUUUAAUGACCUGGCCUUCAUUGAUUUCUCCUGCAAGAAGUUUGCUCACAUUGCACAGGUCUGGUGCGAGACGAACCUUCGCCGCUGCGUCAGUAAGUUCCAUCGCUUCGUGUGUGAGUGCUGCGACAAGGCUUUUCCACUGCGCUCAGCCAUGGAGCUCCACAAAAGCACCAUCCACGUAGACACACCCAAUAAUGCUACCGAACACGAGGCUGCAAAGAGGAAAGAAGAGACCGCUACCCAAGAAAAUGACGUCAAGGAACGUCAGAAUGACUCCAAGAAUGGUCUUUUUUCCAGGCAGUCUAAUUUCUUGGAGGCACUGGGUCUCAAGCACAUCUCUGAGGUCAAGUUCGGACCCACAGAUGAUGAGAUCCACCAGGCCCACUUGGACAGCAUCAAGGUGAUCCAUGUGGAGCAACUGAGCUCCAGCCUGCCACAGGACCACGCCUACCUGGCAGGAGGUCUAGGUCUGACUCUGGGAGUGGGCGGGCUGACGGCACUCAGCAUCCCCCUGCUGGACCAGUCAGGCACUGCAUCCACUCUGCAAGGUCUUUCCCAGCGGGACGCCCUCAGCUUGCUGUCCUUGCAGCCCUUCCAGGCAAGCUUCCGCAUGCAGCCUGAUGGUGCUAACACCGCUGCUGGUGCAGCAACAUCUGGCGUCAAACCUGGCGAGGUUGGCGGGAUAAUGGAGCUGGCAGACAUACAGCAGAUGCUGAAAGUGGCCACUACAUCCCCCAAUCAGAUGGGACUGAGCUUCCCCACACUGGCUAAAGCUGCAGGGUUCACUGGAGGACAAGGUCAAGUCCAAAACCAAAAGGCAAUGCCUCCGUUGAAACCCAAACCUCCAAUCACACCUCGCACAAGCCUUACUGCAACAACGCCGCCGCCCCUCCAGAGUUCCCAGCAGGCUUCGCUGGGCUGCAUCAGUCCCAGCCUGCCACCCCCGACCCCCACCCUUUUCAAAACGCCCUCCUCUUCCUCUUCGUCCUCCUCAUCAGCAGGUGGCGGCCACUCGGAAGCUGAGUGUCCUCUGUCUGAUUCACCGCCUGCAGCCACCACCGCUGUGCAUGAAGAGGAGGGGCUUAGCCGGAAGAAACCAGGAAGCAAAGCGGUUGACGAGAGCGGUGUCGCCAAUGCUGGCUCGGCCAAAGGCUCCUUCCCGUGUCGCUUCUGUGACCAGGUGUUUUCCUUUUCGGGUGUCCUGCAAGCUCACAUGCGCUUCCACCUGGGCAUCCUGCCUCACCAGUGCAACAUCUGCGAUUACGUGGCCCCCGACAAGGCCACACUCAUAAGACACUUGCGCACGCACAGCGGCGAGCGUCCGUACAUUUGCCGUGUCUGCCACUACCCCUUCACUGUCAAGGCCAACUGUGAGCGCCACCUCAGGAAGAAGCACGCCAAGACGUCCAGGAAGGACAUAGAGAAAAACAUUAAGUGUGUCUUUUCAACCACGCUAAACGCCACCACCGCUCUUGCCACCGGUACCACCACCGUUGAUCCUGGUACAGGAAGUACCGGAGCAGAGACGGUGUGUCGGUUUUGCGGUGAGGACCUGAAGACGUAUCGGGCACUGCAAAUCCACUUGCGCACACAUAAUGGCUGUCAGAGGAAGCCAUUUGAGUGCCGACGCUGCGGCGCUGCCUUCCUGGCAAAGCGAAACUGCAUCCACCACCUGCUCAAGCAGCACCCUGAGGUGCAGGAGCGUGAGAUUGAGGAGCACAUUGCUACGCUUCAGCCGGCUGCCUCUGUCACCUUUGUUCGCACAGCCCCCAACAGACUGAGUCAGCCACCCAUGCAGGCAAUCAAGUUGGAAGGAAUGACUAACCCCAUUUAUCACGAAGAACUGGACCAGCCUCUGGACUUCUCUGCCAAAGGUCGCGGAGGCCUUGUGGCGUCUCCUGGAGUCAAAAUGGAGAGUCUCUCCCCUAGUCUAGACUGCCCUGCCCUAGACGAGCCCAUUGACCUGUCCAUACCCAGCAAGAGGCAGAAGCGGGAAGCCACCAUUAUCAGUGAGAAGCGGGAGAUCAAGAUGGAGCAAAAUGGCAGUAACAUCAUCGAGCAGCACAUUGUUGCCAAAGAAGACAAGAUGGCGGCCACACUGCCUGUGGGCUGCUACCAGUUCACUCCUGGAUCCACACCUCCCCCUACCUCCCUCGCCAACCUCAGCACAUCUACAAGACCUCAGCGCCUCAAGCCCCUCCUUCCUAAGCCCGUUUCCUCGUCCUCAGCUCCUCCGACCGCCCUGAAAGAGCUUCCGCCUCUGGCGUCCAUAGCUCAGAUCAUCCACUCAGUGUCCGCCGCGCCGGACCUGUUGAAGAGGGAGGUGGCCACGCUAGAGGGAAAACCUCAGCCGGCUUCUGAUUUAACCUCAGACCUACCGGGAAGUUCCGCCCUGCAGGAGCCACCAAGUGAUGACAGCAGCAGGAAGAGAACUAGGAAGAAGACCGCAACCCUCGCCAUCAAGGACCAGAGUGUCCUGAGCAGCGCUGUCGACCUUGAGUCCAGCGGCGAGUUUGCCAGCGUGGAAAAGAUGCUCGCCACUACGGACACCAACAAGUUCAGUACCUACCUGCAGACCGGGGCGGGCGACCUCACAUCAAAGAAAGAUGGUGAGAGAGCAGGAGGAGGCGGGGACAAGGACAGCGGCCCGAGAGAGGAAGCGAAGACAUCUGUGUUGCUUCCUCAAUCAAAAGGGAAGAAGAACGCGUACUCCAACUCUGUCCAGAAGAUGACUUGUCCUUUCUGUCCUCGAGUCUUCCCCUGGGCCAGCUCCCUGCAGAGACACAUGUUGACGCACACUGGCCAGAAGCCCUUCCCGUGUCCACGCUGCGAUGCAUUCUUCUCCACCAAGUCCAACUGUGAGCGCCACCUUCUGAGGAAGCACGGUGUUACCAACAGAACACUGCGACGCAACGGUGCCGUCAUCAAAAAAGAAGGCGACGAAGGCUCACAAGAGAGCGCGGAGAGUCAGUCCGAGACAGAGCAGCUUGCAACAGAACCACAGAGCGCUGAUGAGCCUUCGGCCUUUGAUGCCGACCCUUCCACUGACCUUAAAGACACUCCCUCAGAGUCGCAGGGGGAGGAAUCGACUCCUACCAGCCCCACCCACAGGCCCAGCCCAGGGUCCAGUCCUGCUCAGCAAGUAGAACCACAAUCUCCUAAACAGCCAGAUCAACAGGGGGCAGCGGAGACAGAAACUAAACUAGCUCCCGGUGCCAAGAUGGAGAAUGCUGACGAUGACGACUGUCACAGCAACAAAAGUUUGGACUUCAACUUCGGCAGGAAGCUCAUCGAUUUCAAGCUGUCUAGCUCCGCCCCUUCUACAGAGAGUCCACAGGAGGUGACAGAUAAGGACAACACCAACAGCGUCAACGCUUCCUCGGCUUGCACCACCCCCGCCGCCAAGCCUCAGCCUGAGUACAAGCACGUGUGUCGCGUGUGCAAGAAGAGUUUCCGCUACGCCACCACCCUCGCUCGCCACGAGAGGGCGCACCUGAACGAGGAGACACCGGCAAAGGCUAUGUCGCCGCAGAAAGAGGAGGAGGUAGAGAGUGAUGUCGCCAAAGAGCCAGAAGAGGAGAAAGAUGAGGGGCCUAAGAAGGAGGUGGAGCCUGAUGAGGGCGGCGGUGGGAGCGAAGCAGGCGAGAGCAGCGAGUCGGAGGACGAGGACAAGGAAAAGGAGGAACGCAGCGACGAGGAGGAGCCAAAGAGCAGAGAGGGUGGAGAUGCGUCGGGAGGUCGCGUGGACAAACGCAAGAAGAUCUGCAACGUGUGCGCCAAACGCUUCUGGUCUCUGCAGGACCUGACCCGACACAUGAGGUCACACACAGGCGAGCGGCCGUAUCGCUGUCAGACGUGCGAUCGCACCUUCACACUCAAGCACAGCCUGGUCCGCCACCAGCGCAUCCACUCCAAGAGCCGCGAUGCAGACGGCGCCAGUGAGGACGGCGACUCCUGCGCCGCCACGCCCACCUCCACCUGCCCGCCCUCGGAGAACGAGAGCGAGAGCGCCAAGGACUUAGAGGAGGUGGACGCUGCCGAACUGGAGGGAGGAUCUGAUCCUGAACCAGUCGAGGCCUUGUCCGCUGCUUCUGAGGAGGCGGCUGGACGAUGUGCAAACCCCCAGGAUGCCGCCGACAAUGAGAGGAGUGAUGCGGCUGCUCAAGACCCUUCCAAAGACCCGCCUCCAGCCUCGGGCUCUGCCCCUGCUGAGGCCAUCAUCCAGGACCUGCUGGAGAUUCGUGUCCCAUCCCCCAUGGAUCAGAUGCUGCCCAAUGGGGAGCCCGCAUUGGUGGGUGUGGACUGAGUAUGCCGAACCUUUGAGAAGCCUUGAAGUGCCUUACUACUCGUCCAUCUUCAUCACUGAGGAGGAUGAUGAUGACGUCCUUUUUAUAGCUUUUAAACUGUUUUUGUUUUGGAAGAUCAAGAUGGCCGACGGCUGUGUGUCUCACGGCACGUGCAUGCGCAAAGAGACGCAUCUUGUAACUGGAAAAGAUGGCGGACAGAUUUGCCGCCACCUCUCUGCUUGUGUGUGGCGGAGCGGAGGCUCACACUUUAGCGAACUUCUCAGUUUAUUCCAACGUGCACAACGUUGCACGGGGGAGACUUUUCUCAGUUUUUGGGUGACUUUUUGGUGUCGGGAGGGAAUUUUUCUGGGUUUAUUUUCUAAAUAUAUAUAUACAUACAUACACACAUACAUAUAUAUAUAUAUAUGUAUAUAUAUAUAUAUAUGUAUGUGUGUGUGUGUAAGUGAACAAAUCAAAUUUAGUUAAAUGUGUGCGUGCGUGCGCAUGUGCGUAUUCUUGUCGGCUUUCUUCUGGUGCCUCGGCCUCGCUCGCACUGACCCGGGUCCAAUUUACCUCAACACGUCAAUCAUGUCUUCCUGCGAGCCAGCAUGGCUAAGUGUUCGCUCGGCCGCUGAGCUCGCAGCUAAGCACAGCUAGCUUGUCAGUCGGUCCCUGCUAGCCUGCUUUGUGCAAUUAGCCUUAACGCACAAGAAAUAGCGAUUAGCUUUUGGCUUAGCAUCACCUCAGCUUCUUAAGGGCUGAAACUACUUAGCUACAGCUAUUAGCCUGUGUCUAUCAAGGGCUAACAUAUCAGUUCGGUCAUGACGUUAUUAGCCUUAGCUCAGUUAUGAAGUCAUGGGGUAAAAAGCACACUUUUGGCGAGUGGACCAGACCAGCUAACAAGCUAACACGUUGAAUAGCUUCUAGCUAACCACAGGCUACGCUGGCCUGCUGUAAGUAUUAGCACGUGACAUUUGACCCAAUUUAACACGCUCCCCCCCCCCGAUUAAUUUCUUCUUUCAUGCGAGCUCAAAGAACGUUAAUACAUUAAAUACUAACGUGUUUUGUUUUAUUAUAAAUGGCGUCAGAGACAAUCAAGUUGAGAAAAGAAAGAUAGCUGGGAUGAAAGUACAACACUAUGUUGUGUCACUGGAUUCAUAGCAGCCACGUUGCUUUUUUUUUUUGCUUGGGGGCGGGGUCUUUUUUUUCCGUUUUUCACAUCAACCAACCUCAAAAUAGAAUUUAAAAAAAAAACCUCAGCAAUAACAUUAAUCUAACUGAAUUGGUCUGACUGGACACUAACUCUAAUACUGCUAGUACUUAUCACCAAAAUGGUUCCCGAGCGCGGCCUCCGCUGCUGCUCACUGCUCCCCUCAACCCCCAGGAGGUGGAACAAGGGGAUGGGUCAAAUGCAGAGGGUAAUUUCACCGCACCUAGUGUGUGUGUGUGUGACUAUCAGUGGUACUUUAACUUUAAGUACUACUGCUAGUACUUACAUACUAGUACAAGUGCUAGUAUUUAAAUACUAGUACUACUGCUAGUACUUACAUACUUGUACUACUACUAGAAUUUAAAUGCUAGUACUACUGCUAGUACUUACAUACUAGUACUACUGCUAGUAUUUAAAUACUAGUACUACUUCUAGUACUUACAUACUAGUACUACUGCUAGUACUUACAUACUAGUACUACUGCUAGUAUUUAACUAGUACUACUGCUAGUACUUACAUACUAGUACUAAUGCUAGUACUUACAUACUAGUACUACUGCUAGUACUUACAUACUAGUACUACUGCUAGUAUAUAAAUUACUAGUACUACUGCUCGUAUUUAAAUAUUAGUACUACUGCUAGUACUUACAUACUAGUACUACUGCUAGUAUAUAAAUUACUAGUACUACUGCUCGUAUUUAAAUAUUAGUACUACUGCUAGUACUUACAUACUAGUACUACUGCUCGUAUUUAAAUACUAGUACUACUGCUAGUACUUACAUAUUAGUACUACUGCUCGUAUUUAAAUACUAGUACUACUGCUAGUAUUUAAAUACUAGUACUACUGCUAGUACUUACAUACUAGUACUACUGCUAGUAUUUAACUAGUACUACUGCUAGUACUUACAUACUAGUACUAAUGCUAGUACUUACAUACUAGUACUACUGCUAGUACUUACAUACUAGUACUACUGCUAGUAUUUAAAUACUAGUACUACUGCUAGUACUUAAAUACUAGUACUACUGCGUGUACUAACAAUGCUACUACGGCAGCCAUUUUGUCCAAACAUGUCACAAUCAGAAUUCAUCCUGCAGCACUUUGACUUAUCUGUAUGGGGGGGCUUCUUAUCAUCUCAUUUAGUUUUGUUUUCAGUGACAAAGUGUUGAGUGGAUUCUUUAAGUUAUUUCAAAAACAAAUCUAGAACUAUGGAGAUUUUGCGAGUGCUAAUAAUUAGCAUCAGGCUAACAACCCCUCGCUAGUGUUCCCGCGCAAACAGCAGGGGUCGCCGCUUUUGUCGUUCGAAGUAAAUUCUGGUUCUGUUCAUCAAAUUGUUUAAAGUUUAAAUAAAAUGUUAGCUUUUGUCAAGUUAAAGGACAAGGAACGAGUUAACUGUAAUGCUCACCAGUCAAGGGACUGUCCUUUUUUCCCUAGCGAGCUCGCUUAAUUUGGCUUAGUUAAAGCCGUGAGCCCCGCCCCUUUUCAACAUGACGUAUGAACUUCUGUGUGAAUCCUGGACUUCCGCGUUGAUUGUUUUCUUUCUUCUUUUUUUUUUUAUAUAUGGAAAUGUAUUUAUUUGGAGCCCAGGUGUGUGUGCGUGCGCCACCUGACGACGAGAAGCCAUGUUUGAAAAGACAAAAAAAAAAAAAAAAAAAGAAUCUCACGUUGAUGGUUGGCGUGAUGACGUCACUGUGUCGCGAGCACGCGCAGCUGGCCGGGCUGCAAACGAGCAAUAAGAAUCCAAAAGAGGAAAAAAAAAAAAAAAAGAAGCUUUAAUUAAAUCCAUUAAAGUCCAUUUUUUGUUGCUUCUUUUUCUUCAUCAACUUUAAAAUGUUUAAAAACUGUGAAAUUAUUUUUUUGUUCUCUUCCGGGUGACUUUUAGAAUAGUUUUGCAUGUUAAUCAAACGUGUUCAAAAAGGUUGUUGAUUUCGUUCCACACACACGUCUAAUAAAUAAAGUAUGAUUUUGCUC